AUCUAUGUCCAGCCAUUAUCUCUUGUCAAAACAAAAAGGGGUGUAAACCUUGAUAAGGGUUGACGAGUCGGAUUAUACGUGGCAUUAGAUGAACAACCCUCCAUCAAUGAGCUAACCAGUGAUAUAAUGACAACUGUGUAGUAUAUUUUGAACUUUGCUCUCGGAAUGUGUGGACUUUGGGGUCAUACAGUCUUGCCGGUUAAAUUUUCCCAGAGUGUAGAGGGCUUUUAGUAUCAUAAACUCACUAGUAUGAUGACUAUGUGGGGAACAGUUGAUGUAAAACUUCUCUUGUUACUGGCACUGUUGACUAAUCAAAGUAUUUCCUUAUCACUUGAGAAUGGAAAGACUUACAAGUACUCAUAUGAAACAACCAUCUACUUCAAUGAAUUAAAUACCCCGAAAGUGAAACAGACCCAGAAAGAUGUAGGGUUCCGGUUGACUGCAGAGCUAGAAGUCACUCCUGUAUUUCAUGCCAGUGAAACCCAGCUCCUAAGACUUCAGAUAACGAAGGCAUCAGUAUCCAGUGCAUCGAGAUCAGGACUGGAGAGGAACUUGAUGGUACUUCUGAAGUAUCCUGUCUACUUUGAACUGAAUGGAGGGUCUGGUGUUGUAGGAACUAUUUACGGUGCUGAUUCUGACUCUACUUUCUGUUCUAAUCUGAAAAAAGGUGUGAUAUCCUUGUUCCAGCUAAGAGAUUCAGAUGGGGAGAGACAGGAGAUUGAUGUAUCGGGGGAAUGUGACACCACUUAUAUGGUGUCUGGGAAUUCUGUCACCAAGACCAAACAGAAUUGUAAAAAUCUGGAAAUAGCUGGUCAGUUCAGUAAUCCCAACAAGAUGUUUGGUGUGACUGUUACAUCAACGUCGAUUGCUAAGUAUCAAACUGGGGAUGGUGUUAUAGGCAGUGUGUCAGGCAUGGAGAGACACAUUGUGGUUCUCAACGCCAAACCAGGUGUUUCUACUGUUGUUACCUCCACGCAAAAGCUGAAUCUGUUGAGUAGUAUUGGAGGAUCAAAAACAGUGACUGCAAGCACAGUAGAAGAGGCGGUCGAAAACAUCAAUCAAGCUAAAGGAUACAAACUCGGCCCCAUGUUGAUUGGCAGUGGCUCAGAAAUACAACACUGCAUUGAAAAUUGUGAAAAACCCAUUGAUGUCUUAGGAAAAGUUAAAGACUCAUUAAGCAGUGAUAAACUUUCUACAGCUGAAUCUGGCAGAGCUUUUCUGAGGUUACUGCGGUCCUUCAGAGGGACUGGGAAGAACACUAUUGAGGAGGUGCUCACCAGCAGUGAUAGCUACUACAUUGUUCCUCAGCUCAUAGAUGUUGCUGUGGCAGCACAGACACCAGACUCCCACAAUGCCAUGAUGGAUUUGGUGUCUUUCACCACAGAAGGUGCCACAGAGUAUCAAGAAAGGUUGCUUCUAGCCCUGGCAUACACCACACACCCAGACACUGCAGUCUUGCAGUAUUUUUUGGAUAUGAUGGUCAAGCCCCUCCCCAGUGAGAGAUUACACGAAACAGUGGUACUGGCCCUGGGUGCCCUGGUACACACUUACUGCCAGGACAUAUCCAGAUGUGGUAAUCAGGUGAUAGCAGACUACACAAAAACUGUACGAGAUGGUUUAAGGGCAUGUAAAGAUGAAAACUGCAAGCUGCGAUACAUCAGAUCAAUGGGGAAUUCAGGACUUACUGAUUUUGGAUCUGAUUUGAUAGAAGCUGCAGAAACAUCCAGUAGCCCUAUGAUUUCCAUCAGUGCUAUACAGGCCUUCAGGAGAUUUUCAGAAGGUUCUCUCACCAAGAAUCAAAAGGCAGCAUUGAGUCGGAUGUUCCACCAAAACAACAGGCAUUAUGACAGCAGUGUAAGGAUAGCUGCUGCUGAUGUUCUACUGAGAAACAAACCAAGCAUUGCUGAGGUCAGGAACAUCAUGAUGUCUGCGGUUGGCGAUCAGAAGAAUCACGAGACCUCCACAUACAUCAUUAAGAGGCUAGUGGAUCUGUCAGAAACAGACAGUUAUAUAAGAUCAUUGUUUAAGCAGAUCUUGUCAGACCCCAGUUUGAACAAUUAUGUUGUUUUUGCCCAACAAGGAAAAUCGAGUGCCUUUAGCAGUUAUCUCAUGGCAACAAGAGAGAUGAACAGUUCAUAUGGUCUUUACCAGGAGAACUCUGGCACUGGAGUGAUGAAGAGAAGUGCCAUGGUAGUGGACAUGGCAAGCAAAUUCACAAAACAACCUCUCCUUACAUUUGGACUGUAUGCUGAGGGUCUAGCUGCCCUGCUUGGUGAUGCUGAAGAAGGAGCAGAGGAUGCAGAGGCCACAGCAGGCAUGACCCUAACACUGAUGGAUGUACUACUGCCUUCUGUGGAAUUCUUUAGGGGGUCUGGAGAACUCAUGUCUGCUGUGUGGAAUGCACCUUCUGACCCGGUGUCAGCCUUACAGGGUAACCUUCUGCUACAAGAUCAUGCCCAGAAGUUUCAUCUCUCAAAUGGUCUAGUGGUGGACCUGGAGGUUCUAGGUGUCGCCUCUAUAGACAUGUCUGGCAGCGUCAGUAUCAGUCUGUGGUAUAAAACCUCCCAAUCACUGAUUAAAAACAGUGGAGCACUGGUGGUGGAGGGAUCAAUGAGGCUGGACUCUAGGGUUCUAAAAGCAGGAAUAAACAUGUAUGCAGAGUCGGAGGCCAGUAUUGACUUCAAAACUGAUGUGGAGUUUAGUGAAAUGCCAUUUAAAAUGUGUUUGCGUAUGUCACGGCCCGAUGUUUCAUUUAGUCAAACAGUGGAAAAAUAUGAAAGGUCUAAAAAGAUAAAGAAGAGGUACAGAGCAAAACAGCGACGUAUAUCUUCCUCACCUGGUGUCUCCUACCUUAUAAACAAAAAGAACAGUAUCCAGUGUACCCUGAUAGACCUGAACUAGCAAGAUGAAUUGGCUUACAUCUGUAUGACAUGACCAAUGUGGAUAAGUAAAACUUUGCCGGUUUCAGGGUGAUGAUGGAAUCCAGACUGCUGUAACCAAUGAUCCUGACAAUACUCAACACUUUCCAAAAUCCCACAUCGCCAUUUGUAUACAGCAACAAUCAAGUCUCCCAUUGAUGACAAUACAGAGCCAAUUUACAUAUCAUAUUGUCAACAUCUAGACCAACACCAAAUUUUAUUUUUAAUAAAAAUAUCUUUUCCUUAUAUUUCCGAGUUUAU